AUGUUUUCUCUCCGUGCCUUCUCUCGCUCCAUCCCGCGGGUUUCCCGCUCUGUCGCGCGCACUUCGCUGCGCCCGGCUGUUCUCCCUAAGCCAGCUCUCCAGCCUUGGAAGCAGGCUUCCAAGCCCAUCUACGCUGCUUUCUCUACUUCCAGCGUGUUCCGCGAGCCCGCUGCUGAGGGAGAUGUCGAGCUUCUGGCCAAGCUUGACGAAGAAGUCAAGCACGAGAAGGCCUCCGGUGCUGAGGAUGCCAAGGAGCAAAAGGCCAGCAUUGAUUACACCCUGCAGGCUGGUGAAUGGCAGGUUAAGGACGUCGCUGGCGAGCAGGAGGUUGUUCUGACCAAGAAGUUUGGCAACGAGAACAUCCGCGUCACCUUCACCGUCGCCGAUAUUAACAACCUCUCCGAGGACCCCAUGAACGACCUGACCGACGACGCUCUGUCCGAUGAGGCCGACUACCAGCAGAACCAGGAGGUCCAGUCCGAGGACGACAUUCUGCCCCCCACCUUCCCCGCCCGCCUGAACAUUGCUGUUGAGAAGGCCAACAACGGUGCUCUCCUGAUCCAGGCUGUUAUCCAGGACGGUGACCUCCAGGUUGAGGAGAUCUCCCACUUCAAGGAUGCCGAGCUCGCCCACUCCCAGACCGCUGAGAAGGACUGGUCCCGCCAGAACCUCUACGCCGGUCCCCCUGCCGAGAACCUUGAUCCUGAGCUAAUUGCUUUCUGGGGUCGCUACCUCGAGGAGCGUGGUCUGAACGUCGAGUUCCAGAACAUGGUCACCGAUUAUAUUGCUUUCAAGGAGCAGAAGGAGUACGUCUCCUGGUUGGAGAAUGUUCGCAAGUUCAUUGCUGCUUAA